AAUCGAAAUGCAUGAAGGGGCGGCAAAGAAAUUCGUAAUUCCUUCACGUGAUGAUGACUUAUUGGAAGAGAAUGAUGAUUUCUAUACAAUCGCCAUACGACCAGAGCUGGAUGAAAUCAUUUCAAAAGUUUUCCAACUUCGGCAUGACAUCGAUGCGGGUCGGUGGUCGCGAAUUAUUGACCGUUUUGAUCACCUCUUUUUCACAAUCAAAGCAUUCUCUGAAGGCGAACCAUGGCGUCUUCGUGCUCAACUUGUCUCAGUUCUAAAUUCAGGUUUUCUCACUGUUGAGGAGCUGUUGCCGAUGCUCACCAGUGAGGCCGAAGCGGAGAUAGCGCAAGAUUUGAAUACAGAACGAGAAAUGCAUGUCCGGGCGCUGCUCAUGUACAUCUAUUUGCUCUGUCGGCUUGCCGUUCUUUUUGAAAAAGAAUGCGCUAAUCGGUAA